UGGGUCAUGCACUAUUCGUUUCUAACGAAAGGGAAAUGAACGCAAAAGUAAAUAUUGAAUUAACGGUUUUGCUUGUUCCACCUACUAACGGACAAAAAUGUUCGAGUAUCCUCCGUAAACCAAACCGGGCGCCAUCUGCCGCAAUUACUUGUGAAUUGUUUUGAAUCUAACCAUUGACAUUUCUCGUUCGGCUUUUCGACGACAACAGAUUUGUUCCGCCAAAAAUUUUUGUUUGCCGACCGCUAACUUAGUAUAAUUUUUUGAUUUUUAAGAAGGAAAUGUAAAAAUAUAUGUCCUUUGAUUUAUAGUCGUGGAUCGUUUAGUGUUCUUAUUAACGGUAUAUUUUUAUAAUGGCUGACGUAAAUGACGUGAACAUUAUAGUGAAAUGGAGUGGGAAAGAAUUUCCAAUUGGAGACAUUACGGAACAGGAUACAGUUGCCCUUCUGAAGCAUGAAAUAUUCAAGAAAACACAGGUGCGCCCUGAGAGGCAGAAGCUACUUAACUUGAAGUAUAAAGGGAAGUUUGCCCCGGACGAUGUUCGUUUGGGGCUGCUUGAAUUGAAGCCAAACUUCAAAAUCAUGAUGGUGGGGUCGACAGAAGCCGAUAUCGAAGACGCCUGUUGUAAACCGGAAGGCCUAGAUGAAGUGGUUGACGACUUCGAUGACCCCGAAGAAGUGGCUGUGGAAAAUGCUAGUGUCUACCUGGCGAAAGUUCAGAAACGAGUCCGUGAUUAUACCAUAACCGAAUUAAACCCUUUGCGCGAAGGCAAAAAGCUUCUCGUCCUCGACAUCGACUACACACUGUUUGAUCAUCGAUCUUCCGCUGAAACGGGUGCAGAGCUCAUGCGACCGUAUCUUCAUGAAUUCCUGUCUUCCGCCUACGAAGACUACGAUAUUGUCAUGUGGUCAGCGACAGGCAUGAAGUGGAUCGAGGAGAAAAUGAAAUUAUUAGGGGUGAGCAGCAAUCCUGGUUAUAAAAUUGCUUUCUACUUGGACUCGAGUGCCAUGAUAAGCAUCUACACGAACGACCGAGGUGUAAUCGACGUAAAGCCACUCGGAGUAAUCUGGGGCAAGUAUUCGCAGUUCACACCCCAAAACACAAUCAUGUUCGACGAUAUUCGAAGGAAUUUCUUAAUGAACCCGAAGUCUGGUCUGCGAAUAAAGCCCUUCAGGCAGGCGCAUCUGAAUCGUAGCAAAGAUAAUGAAUUGCUUAAGCUGUCCAAGUAUUUAAAAGACAUUGCGGAACACUGUGACGACUUCACCAAGCUAAAUCAUCGAAAGUGGGAAAGUUAUAACCCAAAGAAAUAGUAAGCAUUAGGGUCGAGUCAGGAUAACAUGUGCAUUCAAAACGCUAUAGAAAUUGUAAAUGACUUUUAGGUAUUUUGUUGUUUUAAGACUCAAGUAAUUAAGGAGGCCUCGAAUUAUGAGCAGCGAUCGAUAUUAAUAGUUUUUCGCAAGGAAAUAAAGCAUUUGUUUAUUACCGAA